CGCCGCCCGGCGCUCCGGAGCCCGCGGCCCUCCCGGCCGCCCCGCCUGCGAAAGGAGCCGAGGCCGCCCGCGCUCGCGCCUCGCCGGCCCCUCCCCCGGUCGCCGCGGCCGCCGCGCCGCCGCUGCAGGAUCGCUAACAGCCAGGAGAAAUAGAGUGGAAAAUGCAAAACAACGAAAUCAUAAAACCUGCCAAAUACUUCUCGGAAUUGGAAAAGAGCAUCCUGCUUGCUUUGGUAGAAAAGUACAAAUAUGUGCUGGAAUGCAAGAAAAGCGACGCGCGAACUAUUGCACUCAAGCAGCGCACCUGGCAGGCGCUUGCGCACGAAUACAACUCUCAGCCGAGCGUGUCACUGCGGGAUUUCAAGCAGCUGAAGAAGUGCUGGGAGAACAUCAAGGCUCGGACCAAAAAGAUUAUGGCCCAUGAGAGGAGAGAGAAGGUGAAACGGAGCGUCAGCCCUCUUCUGAGCACCCACGUCCUGGGGAAGGAGAAGAUCGCCAACAUGCUGCCGGAGCAGCUGUACUUCCUGCAGAGCCCUCCCGAAGAGGAGCCUGAAUACCACCCUGACAGCGCGGCCCCAGAAUCAUUUGCUGUUUCAAAUAGAGAACUGUGCGAUGAUGAGAAAGAGUUCAUACAUUUUCCAGUGUGUGAGGGGACCUCUCAACCUGAACCCUCGUGUUCAGCUGUCAGAAUCACAGCCAAUAAACACUACAGGAGCAAAACCUCUCAGGAAGGUGCUUUAAAAAAGAUGCAUGAGGAAGAACACCAUCAACAAAUGUCCAUCUUACAGCUGCAGCUGAUACAAAUGAACGAGGUGCAUGUGGCCAAAAUCCAGCAGAUAGAGCGGGAGUGUGAGAUGGCAGAGGAGGAGCACAGGAUAAAAAUGGAAGUUCUCAAUAAAAAGAAGAUGUAUUGGGAAAGAAAACUGCAAACUUUCACCAAGGAGUGGCCUGUCUCCUCAUUUAACCGGCCCUUUCCCAAUUCACCCUAAGACUGCGGGGGUGGCUCCCCUGUAACCGAUCCGGAACGUGAACUCGCGGUCAGGAACUCGUAACAGAGCUACAACUAGGAAACUUAGAGCGGUAGUAGUCUCGUAUUUAAGAAUACAUUCAGGUGAACAGCCGCACCCUGUGUCCCCCAUCAGUGGCAAACAAGCUGUUCCAGUCUCCUGAAAAUGAUCCCUUCCAGUGCUAGAAUUCUGAAUGUAAUGUAUCUUAAUUAGAAUUCAUCCAAGAACCAUGUGCGAGUGUUGUUGUUGUAUUUUUUUAAUCAGAUUGCAAGUGUGACUAUAAAGAAGUGUGGCUGUUUUUUUUUGUGUUUGUUUUUUUUUUAAGUAGACAGCAGAACUUUUCUAUCCAAAUGAACAGGCUGCUGUUGAAAGCGGGUGAAAGACCUGGGAGGCCGCACGUUGCUUCUGCGGUGGUGGGGCUGUUGCUCAGAGCUCGCUGGAGGUCUUUAGGGGACCUCCCUGAGAGCCACGCACACAGCACCUCUUAUUUUUUUGUUUUGUUUUUGUUUUCCAGUGGCGUUCUUUGAGUGGCUUUCCCGAUUUUAAACAGUCCAGUAUUUGGAAGGAUAUUUUCUAAUGUGGUUCAUAAGCUGCCUUUGAAGCCCUUUUCCCAAAUAGUGGCUCCAACAGUCGUGCUUUGGUGGAACUAAAGCUGUAACUGCUUUGAGGGAGACACGUUCAUUUAGAUUUCUAUGAUCUGUCAUGUCGCUUUUAUUAAAAGAUAAGACUUGCAAUUUUAUAGUCACACAGCAUAUGUUUUUUAAAGGUGCUGCCUCCCCCACUCUGCUCGUUUUUUGCUUUCCCUCUGUAGUGUCCUCCCAACUUUGUGCUACUGAGUUAAUGGUGCCCUGUUUUUAAUCUCCAGCCACCUAGGGAAAGGCCCUUCCUUCACCGUGCUCAUGGUGCUACCCAACAGUAAUGCUGUGUAGUUUGCGUUGCACAGUUAGCACUGGGCUUCUUAAGAACCCAUUCCCAACAUAUUCGGAAAUAUGGAUGGGCAAAUGGAUAUUUUGGUUGAGUUGUGAUAGAGCUUCUCCUGUAGCCUAGUGUUAAAAACAGUUCUGGGAUGUUGGGCACGGCAGUUGCUGGAACAAGCAAAGUGACACCAUGUGCCAAGGCAGGUCAGCAGUUUCUGAGUGUGAAAUGUCAAGGCCGUGUGGUGGGGAAAGAGAAGUAUGUGUGGCAGAGGCUAUGUCGGGAGUGUAGGGCUAGGAGUCAGGGCCUGAAUUCUGAUCGUGGCUCUGCCUCAACUUGCUAUGUGACCUGGGGUAACUCCUUUGAAUCCGUGGCUCUGGUCUUUCCUGUCCAAACGACAAGGGAGUCGGUCUGGAUAAUGUUCCAAAUCUGCUACAACUCCUUGACUAAGCAAGGGUCCUGGUAUGGUCUGCAGAGCCCUGGAUGGGUACCACUAGUAUCACAGCUGUCCAGAGGGUAUGGGUCAACAGGGAAGAAUUGAUUACUGCAUUGGCUCAGCUUCCAGCCCUCAUAAUUUUGGAAUUUGGGUCCUGGGGACUGUAACUUCAGUAAGAUAAACAUACACAUGUUAUUGAUGCACUGCAUAAAACUUAAGUGCAUAUCAGUUUAUUCUCUCCUCUGAUAUUUUAAAUAUCUUAGAGGAACCAGUGAUUUGAAGGAAAGGUGUGAAGACUAAUCUUUGAAAGGAAGGAUCCUUCUGAAAGGAUUUCUGUUCUUUGUUUAGUUUUUACCAAAUGGACCCUUUAGACAAGACACAUCUGGAUAAAGUCCCAAGCUUAAAUGGUUUAUCGGAGACAGGACUUGACCUUCAUGCCCUCCCACUCCCUCCGGAUUAGGGCAGGGAAGAGCAGGCCCUCAACACAGAUGUGAACUGAGAAGUUUUGCUUUGCCGCACCUACUGAUCCGUCUGGAAAUCUUGUUAAUAUGCGGCUUCUAGAGUGGGACCUGAGAUUUUGUAUUUCUUACAAGCCCCCAGGUUAUGCCAGUUCUGCCUGCCUGGUCACCACACUUCUGUGUAGCAAGGUUUCAGAGGACUCUCUGAAGUUUUUACUUAUUCUCUCCCCCCGCCCCAAAUUGGGUUAGGUAUACUUUGUGUACAGCAGUGUGCCCGAUAUCCUCUCUCAGAAUUUAUCACUUAAGCACACAACCAUGCAGAACACAACACAAAACAUGCUCACUCACAUAUCAAAACUAUAAAAACAUGGAACUGAUUCCUAACCAAAUAAAGGAUAAUGAAACCAGAAGCCUAAAGCACCUUGCUCUACUGUUAAUGGUAUUUAUGAGUUUAUAACAGUAGUUUUCAACCUGGGCUAUGCAUUAGAAAUAGUAUUUUAUAAAUAAUUAGUCCCACCUGGUCCCACUCCCAGAAGAUUCUGAUUCUGUUAACCUGGGCUGGGGCCUGGUUCUGUACAUUUUUUGAAAACGUUAUUGGAGAUUACAUCAUUGGGACUGAGAACUAGUGUAGAGCUCACAGAUAUGUCUCGUUUGAUCCUUAAUCUUGUGAGGUCGUGCAAAAGUGAGGAAAUGAUGCUCAGAAGAAUCAUCUGGUACCAAACCAGUAGCUAGUAAACGGCAAAGCAGAAGCUCAGUCCCAGGUCUCUCGACUCCAAAACAAAUAGUCCCACCUGUCUGCCCGUCCCAUCCCUCAAAGUUAUAUCAAGGAUUUGUUUUAUCCUGAGAGCCAGAUCACACCUAUAGUGUACUUUGGUGUCCCCAUUCAUGGACAGGUACAUGUUCAUUUCACUGUUGAGCAGCUCCUUGCCUGAGGUGGAAAUGCAAAAGCAUUUCUUGGUAGGUGCUUUAGGGAACAGACAAAUUUUAAGACUGUUCACCAUCCCCCACCCGGCCAAAUCAUGGACACAGCCCAGUAAGGGAGGUGAGACUUGUACACAGCUGUCCUGUAUGCCAUUAGUGCAUGUCUUCAAGUGCAUCUGCAGCUCAGAGCAAAUGGCACUUCCUUCAGGAGGAAGGAAGACUUCCUGGAGGAGGGGCAUCUGAGCUAAGUUCUUUAGCGCUGGCAUUUGGACAGGCGGGGAUUCAGAAAGAGGAGAACCUUUGCUAGACGCAAGGUCCUGUUGAAGAUUCAAGAUGAUGAGACCUAUAACCGGGCGGCAGUGAGAACAUGGUGAAUUUCCAAAUUGGGCAGUGGCAUGACCAACACUGUGCUCCAGGAGGAAGGUGAGAGGGUGCAACUGAGUUCAGAGAGGACUGGAGCCCAGAAGAUGAGGUAGGAGGCUCUGGCCCUGGUUCGGACGAGAUGAUAGGAGGAUCUAGAGGAGGCUGUAGUCAGACUGAGGGAGACCAAUCGUGAAGGGCACUGCAGAGGUGGAAUCUGUCAGCCUUGGCAGUUGAUUGCUUUUGUGGGAGAGGAGGGGCGAGGUGUUAAAGCUAGACGCCUGAAAGAAUAAUGUUGCUGGUUGAAAUAAAGACAGAAAGGAUGCAUUUCUGGCUCUGACCCAACCCAGGAGAGGCCGAGAGAUGAAGGAAUGCUGUUGCCUGCCACUCAGCCUCCAACGCGAGCGGCUCCACCCAUCUCUGCUUUGCUUGUCCCCUCUUUGCUCUGACUUCUGCCUAGCUUCUCCCUGUCCAUCCGACACUUUAGCCCCUCCUUGGGUCCUUGUCAGCCCCCUCAUUUGGUGCUGCCUCUGCCCCCAGUACCUCCCUUGCAGCGGGUGGUGCAUGUCACCAUCUCUUAAAAUGGCUUUGCGCUAGAAAGAUCAGAAAAGGUUCUUUCCUUAGUGUCCCAUGUUGUAUAAAGGGGCAUUGGCUGAUAGGGGCUGGCAAUCCCCAUGUAUGCCUAUCACAGACCCUUUACAAAAGUCAAACAUGGAAUCCUACCCUGUUGUGCAGCAAAAUUUUAGGGGAUGUUUUAGGAAUUUUGCAGAGAGAAUCUUAAAAUGCAUUGGCUUUUUUUUUUUUUUUUUUUAGAAGAAGAAGAAAGAAUGGAGGGGCGCCUGGGUGGCUCAGUCAUUGGG